AUGCAAGUCCUAUUAAUUUGUUUAUUAUUGAUGUCAGUAUUAGUCUUUUCAAUCACGUCGAGCCCGAUAGAUCUUUUAAAUAAGCGAGGAACACAGCAGUUCCUAAAAUUGGUUACAUAUGAUAGACCAGUAGAAAGUGCAAACAAUCAUCAAACAAAUUCUGUUAUUCAUACAGUUAUUUAUUCACGAGGUAUUAGUGGUAUCGAUCAAAAAAGUUUAGAGAUUCUAUCAUCAAAAACAAGUCGAUUAGAAACAAAAUUAUAUAAAGGUUAUUUAGGAUUUGGUGGUCAGAUUCUAGCAAAAUUUGCUUAUGGCUUAGAUGAAUCAAAAAUAUGGUCGAUUAAUGUAAUAGUCGACGAUAUGUGGAAUAAUUUGGUACCACCCAAUUAUCGAACUAGUGUGUCAACAGUUUUUUACACUUGGUAUUGUGCCGGUGGUUUUUUUCAUAUUCAAACGACAGAAGUUAACGUUGCAGUAGGCAUUGCACUGAAAAAACCAGCAGAAACACAAACAGCAAUGGUCACAAGUCCUACAACAACUGAUUUUACUAGAACAUUUCUACAGAAUUUGGCACCAUUAUUUACAAUAAAUCGUGUUGUUCAUCCUCGUGGACGACUAAAACAAAGCAGAGAACAUACACGGUUUUACAAAACACAUAUUGGAGAUGGUGGCAAAACAACAAUAGUUAGAACCAAAUCAAAACGUCUUCAACAACGUCCACUGUCAACUAAAGCAGCCAAAAUUUUAAUGAAAGACGAUGGUGAGUUAGGAGGACAUUUAGUAACACCACUACUACCACCAAAAACAGAAUCAACAACACUCACUGGAGCAACAAUAGCGAAAACUACAGCAGCAGGAGAAGUAGGAACAUUAUCUAGUCCAUAA